AUGACCAGCGGCUUUGGGAACAGCCUUGUUCAGCAUUAUUACCGCUUGUGUGACAGUGAUAGAACACAUCUAAAAUCUAUCCGUACCGAUGCUUCAUGUGUGACGUGGGAAGGACAGCAAUGUCAAGGGAAGGAUGCGAUUAUUGAACAGCGAUCAAUGCUUCCCUUUCAGAAGGCACAGCAUAGCAUCCCCUCUCCAGACCAUCAGCCUGACAACUGUAUAAUUAGUGUGGUUGUAGGUCAGCUUAGGGCAGAAGAUGACCCUGUUAGUGGAUUUCAUCAUAUGUUUGUACCAAGGAAUGUUCCAAAUGUCUGGGUCCAUACAAAUCAGAGACGUCCCUAG